AUGUCCUCAACGAAUAAAUGCUUGAUAGAUAUUUCACAAACAAGAUAUUCCAAAAAUGAAUCACAAAUGGGUGAUGAUUUAUAUGAUAAAGGAUGGAAAAAUUACAGAACGGACGUUGAUGAUACAGCAUCAAAAAAUUUUCUUAAAAAACAAUCCAUGUCAAAUUUCGAGGAAAGGUCAAAUUACGGAAAAUAUCACCGAGCAAAGGUAGCAGAAAUCGAUAUAGAAUGGAAACGAUUAUUAGAUUAG